CAAAUCGCACGUUUUUCAUGUUUUCAUUUGUGAUUUCCAAAAUUCAUGUAAAAAAUUGAGGAAAUCUUCAUUAAUAAUGGAAUACAUGUCAACAGAAGGAAAUCCCCAAACUUCGGGAAGCGGAGUCAACAAAAUUCUUUGUUGCGAAUGUGGCGUCGAUAUUGAGCCAAAUCCCGCAAAUAUGUGUGUUGCUUGUCUCCGAACACACGUCGACAUUACCGAAGGAAUUCCCAAACAGGCUGUUCUUCACUUUUGUCGCAAUUGCGAGCGUUAUUUGCAACCUCCCAUGGAAUGGGUCAAAGCUUCGCUCGAGUCGCGUGAACUGUUGGCUGUUUGUAUCAAAAAACUCAAAGGCCUGAAGGAUGUCAAACUCGUUGAUGCGGGUUUCGUUUGGACAGAGCCUCAUUCGAAACGUAUAAAAGUCAAAUUAACUGUUCACGGACAAGUAAUGGGAGGAACUGUUUUGCAGCAAAUUUUUGUCGUCGAAUUUACGGUUCAGAAUCAAAUGUGUGACGAUUGUCAUCGUACUGAAGCGAAAGAUUUUUGGCAAUGUGUCGUGCAAGUGCGUCAAAAGGCAAUCAACAAAAAGACCCUUUUCUACUUGGAACAGAUGAUUUUGAAGCAUCGCGCUCACGAAAACACAAUUGGUAUCAAACCUGCGCCCAAUGGAAUGGACUUUUUCUAUCACACAGAUUCGCAUGCCCGUAAAAUGGUCGAUUUCAUAAGUAGCGUUUUGCCCAUCAAGCUAACGACAGCGAAGAAACUCAUUUCGCAAGACAUUCACAGUAACAUUUACAACUACAAAUUCACGUAUGCCAUCGAAGUUGUGCCUGUUUCAAAGGGAAGUUUAGUUUGUUUGAACAAAAAGCAACAACAACAUUUAGGCAGCAUAUCUCCAAUUUGCUUGAUUCAACGUGUUGGUGCGCAAAUUCAUCUAAUCGAUCCUCUGACAGCUCAAAUGGCGGAAAUUACGGGAAUGGCAUAUUGGAAAAGCCCUUUCGAAUCGAUUUGUAAUCCGAAACAACUCGUCGAAUUCAUCGUUAUGGAUUUGGAAUAUGUGCAAGACAAAGAUCGAAAUUAUUUUCCGGGUCAAGGUCCCGUUUCACACAAACACGUGUUGUCGGAUAUUUGGCUCGUUAAAGCAAGCGAACUUGGCGUCAAUGAAAAUACAAUUCAUACCCGAACACACAUUGGACAUUUGUUAAAAGUUGGCGAUUCUGUGAUGUGUUACGACUUAAGUGAAGCAAACAUCAACAAUGCCGACUUUGAAAAACUCAAAAGUGACAAAAUCCCCGAUGUAAUUGUCGUGAAGAAACACUAUGGCGACAAAUCUGUGCGAAAACGUAUGCGAAAUUGGAAACUCAAGCAUUUAGUUGAUGAACCAAUGACCGAUACAGAUGGCGAAGGAGCUGAUUACAACGAAUUUUUGGAAGAUUUGGAAGAAGAUCCAACUUUGAGACAAAAUGUAAACAUUUUCAAGGACAGCAAAAAACAAAUUCCCGUCGACACGAAUGACAUGGAUGAUCAAAAUGCGCCGCGAGUCACGUUGGAAGAGAUGCUCGAUGAUCUUGUCAUCGGAGAUGAUGUCGAAAUGGGAGAUGAAUAAAAAAUUUUUUUAUGAAUUGUUGAAUAUUUUGAAGUAAAAAAUGAAAUAAAAAAUUUUUUUUCAUUAAA